AUGAAGCUUAACACUGCAGUUAUUAUUUCCGGACUGGCGCUGGCGUCAGUUUCCCAGGCUGACAUUAUCAAGCGUCGUCCCCAUGAAGAGGUGGCUCACCGUAGGAACAACAAUGAGUACCAGAACUACGUGAACAACUUCCAAGGACACAUGUCGGCUAUGCUCGACGCGCUGUCUCCUUCUGACGCGGCUCGCUCGAGCGGUGGAUCCCGCCACCGCAACGCAGCUGUGGCGUCCGUGGGUAACAGCACUUCGUCCUCGGCUGCUUCGUUGUCCUCUGUGUCGAGUGGCAGCCGCUCUUCGCACCCUUCUUCGUCGAGCAGCUCUCACGCAUCGCAGCCUUCGUCGCAGUCGUCGCAGUCGUCGCAGUCGUCAAAUAGCUCAAGUUCGCGUCCGCACUCAAGCUCUAGCUCGAGUUCACGCGCUCAGAGCUCGUCGUCGUCGGAUUCAAACAACGACAACACUGUGGGUGGUGCUCUUCGUUCUUCGCUGCGUCACGCUCUCAACCGUGCUGGCUUCGGUUGGAUUGGCUCGAUUCUGGGAGGUGAUCCCUACGAGUACACGAACCCCGAUGACAACCGCCUGCUGGCUAACAAGCCCAAGCUUGGUAUCUCUUGGGCGAACGGUGACAGCUUUAACAUCUCUGACUUCAUUACGCAAAAGGUUUCCUGGUACUACACAUGGGAUGACAAGCCCAACCUGGCUCACCCUCCUACCAACAUUACGUUCUGCCCUAUGCUUUGGGGUCACAAGAAUGUGAACUCAUUCCGUGCGAAUGUGCUUCACAACCCUGAUGGUCCCAACAACAGCGGCAAGUGUGUUCUGGGUAUGAAUGAAGUCAACCAGAAGGGUCAAGCUGAUAUGACACCGGAAGAGGGAUGCAACCUCAUGCGUGACAAUGUCAUUCCUCUCAAGCAGCACGGCUAUUACAUCGUUUCGCCGGUGACCACCAACGCUCCAAACGGUAUUGAAUGGAUGGACCAGUUCCGUGGUAACUGCUCUGAUGUAUUCGACAACAUUGAUGCCAUGGCUUUGCACUACUACGACACCAAUGCUACGAAUUUCCGUGAGUAUGUUAACCGUUGGCACGACCGCUACAACCGUCCUAUCUGGGUAACAGAAUAUGCUUGCCAGGACUUCAACGGUGGUCCUCAGUGCUCGCAGAGCCAGACGAACCAGUUCCAGGUUGAAAUGGCUCACUGGUUCGACCAGCAAGACUUCAUUGAGGCCUACGCGCCCUUUGGCGUGAUGCGUAACAUGCAGGGUGUCGAUAACUCGAACCGUCUGACCAACAACGACCGGCCUAACACCCUCUAUGACGCCAUCUCCAACGUACCCGGCUUCCCGUAA